AUAAAACCGACUUGGUGCGGGUUUUAUGCGUCGCCCGUAGGCCGGCCGUGCCUAUUAGCCAGCUGCAUCGCGCAGCCUUUGCGAGCUCCCUGAACCUCAGCGAGCAGACAGAGCUCGAAAAAUCCGCACGCGGAGCCACCAACGCACUCAAUCGCAAAACAAGCCCUUUGCGAUCGCUGGAGCAGCCGCCGCAGACCGCGACAGAUCAAAUUUCUGCAGCGCAACUGAACGAGUAAAUCCUCCGGAAGCUCUGUACAAAAUAUCACGAACAGAGGACGAAUUUUCAUGACAAUGCGGACGACGCGCGCCGCAGCGUUACUCCUCCACGCCGCCGCCGCGAUCACCACACAAACCACAACAACCACCACAACGACCCUGCGCCCGCUGCCAGCGAGCGUCGUCGACGCGAACGGCCUCGUCCGCUACUUCGCGUUCGGGUCCAACCUCGCGAAGUCGAAGAUGGGCUCGCGCGGCAAGAACUCGUCGGCGCUGGCCUACGAGCGGCGCUGGCCGGCCGUCGCCCACGACCAGCGAUUAGCGUUCAACAUGCGCGGGUUCCCCCCUCUCGAGCCGGCGAUGGCCGGCAUCGAGCCGAGCCCCGGCCAGGAGUGUCCGGUGCCGGCGCGGCGUGGGAAUUAGCUUCAAUUUGACGUGGUCGCGUCGAUGGCGUUCUCAUGAGACUCGUUCCGUGCAGGGCUGCGUCUACGAGAUGAGCCGCGACGCGUACGAGGCGCUGUGGCGGAGCGAAGGCGGCGCCAUGAAAAAGACGCCCUACCAAGAGGUCGUGGUCUCCGUCCGCGACGCGAGUGGACGCGACGUCGACGCGAUCACGUGCCAGGUCUGCGCGCAGCGUGGAAGAAGGUGCCUUCGACGAGUCGUGGCGGUGGCGCGCUGGUUGGGGAGACGUCGCGGCGAUGGCGUAUGGGUGGGAUAGACGUAGACAAACAACAACACAGGUCUCGGCCUGGGCCGCCCUCAGACGCGACGGCGUCCCGUCCGCGAGGUACCUCGGCAUCAUCGAGGAGGGCGCGCGCGAGCUCGGAUUAGUCGAGUACGCCGAAGCUUUAUCAAAGCGGCCGCGCGCGAAUCCGUCGCGAUUCCUCCGCGCCGUCGCCGGCGCGCACGGCGUCGUGUCGCUCACGCUCUAUCGGCGCAACCUGAGCCACCUGCUCGCGCCGCUGCGGAGCGCGUGUUUCGUGCUGACCUACGGCGGCCGGCGGCCCUGGCUCCGCGCGCUCUCGGAGGCGCUGACGGCGGCCGUCCUGCUCCCGACGGCGGCGGUCGGGUCGGUGAUCCGGCUGUACCGGUCGGCGCGGGGCCUGCCGCCGAUCGUGUUCGGGCCGCCCGAGUAAGUAGCAUCGUUGUG